UACAAGCAUGGAUGGCACGUGUGGGGAUUAUGAUCAGAUGGAAGAGGACCCAUUUGUUACUCACUUCGAACAGAACAUAUCGUUGCCUCGAGAAUGGAAGAAAGAAGAGAAACACGUGACUUUAGCAUCUUUAGGUCGUGUGAAGUAUACUUAUUAUCCGGAAGUAAAAAAUGUGGACCUGUCGAAUUCUAUUGAUGCCAAUUUGUAUAGAAUCAAACCAAUUGAAAAACUUUCAUCUUUGCAAAGUGAUCUCUUAACUUUAAUUUAUAAUUACGUCGAUGUAUUUUAUCCCAUGCAAGACAUCAAUACAUUGGAUCUUCAAUUGGUGUACUGUCUCCACAUUCUCAAUCAUGUUUUAAAAAGUAAUUCCAAAAUCGUUCACCAUAAUAAUAAAUUAAAGAAACGUUCAGAUAUACCAGAUGAAUUUAGGGAUCAGGGUUUGACAUCUCCCAAAGUUCUUGUGAUUGUACCAUUUAGAAAUGUAGCUUUAGAGAUUGUGUCUACAUUGAUUUCACUCUUGGGAGACGAGGCAAACAUAAUGAAUAAGAAACGAUUUUAUACAGACUAUGGAUAUGAAGAAUCUGAUAAACCAAAAUUAAAGAGACCAGAUGAUUAUGAAAAGAUGUUUGCAGGAAAUAUAGAUGAUUCUUUUAGAAUUGGAAUUUCCAUUAAAAAGAAAUAUAUGAAGUUAUUUGCAGAAUUUUAUUCGGCAGACGUUAUAAUUGCUUCUCCGCUGGGACUCAGGACAAUUAUUGGUGCUGAAGGAGAAAAAGAUAGAGAUUAUGACUUUUUAUCUUCCAUAGAAAUACUAAUUUUUGAUAAGUGUGAUGUUUUCUUAAUGCAAAAUUGGGAACAUGUAAUUCAUCUAAUGAAACAUCUUAAUCUGCAGUUGCAGAAAAGUCACGACUGUGAUUAUUUUAGAGUGCGAAUGUGGUGUCUCGACGGAUUAUCAAAAUUUUAUCGUCAAACAAUUCUCUUAAGCCAGGUGAUUACACCUCAUCUAUUAUCUCUUUUCAACAAGCAUUGCUUUAAUUAUGCUGGUAAAAUUAUUGUGAAAAAUCAAAUUUUCCAUGGUUCUAUUUCAAAAAUUCUAGUCCAGCUUCCACAGGUAUUUCAACAGUUUGAUGCCAGUUCCUAUCAAUCUGCAUCAGAUGAGAGAUUUUCAUUUUUUAUUUCCAAAAUCCUUCCACAGUUUAAAGAUUCGUCAAUGUCGCACAUCUUAAUAUUUAUUCCAUUUUACUGGGAUUUUGUUCGCCUGAGAAAUUAUUUCAAGAAGGAAGAAUUAAGCUUUACUCAAUUAUGCGAGUAUAGCAGUAAUGAAAAAAUUGCUAAGGCGAGAAACAUUUUUUAUCGAGGAAUCAGGAAAUUUGUGCUUUGCACAGAAAGGUUUCACUUUUUUAAACGGUAUCAGAUUAAAGGUAUACAACACAUAAUUUUCUAUCAACUGCCAAUAUAUCCUCAUUUUUAUUCUGAAUUUUGUAAUUUUAUGCAUCGUAGCAUGCAGAGCAAAUCUCAAUCUCUGCAAAAUACAACAUGCACAGUUUUGUAUUCAAAAUAUGAUUCCUUGCAGUUAUCUGCUAUUCUGGGCGAUGAUAAAACAAGUUAUUUGUUAUCUGCCGAUAAGAAAGUUCACAUGUAUGUAUCUGGAAAUUAAAAUUUGUUCAUAAAAUAUCAUUCUUAAUAUGAUGCAUUUGAUUGGUAUAUUCAAUUAAAGCUGGAUGGCCA